AUCAUCCUUGUCCGUCACUGUACUGAAAGUGAUUAUGCUGAUCUGGGCUGAUGAUACUCUUUAAGAAUCCCGUCCGUUCGAUUUCAGUUCGUUGUUACAGAACCCAGUUGGUCAAGCUUUUCUCAACUCGAGAUGUAUACGCCUGCGACCUCAAGAUUGGCUCUUUGUUUCGAGCAGGUCAAAUUGAAGACGCUCGCCAAGUGUUCGACCAAAUGCCCCAAAGAGACGUGGUCACAUGGAACGGUCUCAUUACUGGGUACUGGAAAAAUGGCCACUUUCAAGAAUCAAAGCGGCUGUUUGAAAUGAUGCCUAUCAGGAAUGUGGUCUCCUGGAACUCGAUGGUAGCCGGAUUUGUCGAGAAUGGAAUGGUUGAUGAGGCUUUCAUAUAUUUUAAAGCCAUGCCCAAGAGGAACACUGCUUCUUGGAACGCUAUGAUAUCUGGGCUUUUGAAGUGUGAUCGGGUGGAGGAAGCUAGUAGGCAUUUUGAGAAGAUGCCUUGUAGGGAUGUUGAUUCUUACACUGCAAUGAUUGAUGGGUAUGGGAAGAGAGGAGAGAUAGAGAAGGCUAGGGGGUUGUUUGAUGUCAUGCCUCGGAGGAAUCAGGUUUCGUGGACUGUGAUGAUUAGUGGGUACGUGGAGAAUGGGAGGUUUGAUGAAGCGUUGGAAUUGUACAAACGGUUGCCGGAAAAAAUGUGGUUGCAAUGA